AUAGAUAUUUUCUCUCUUUCUUACAGGCUAGAAAAGUGGAAAGACACACACCGGAGGAGGAGGAGCGAGCAGGAAAGAGGAAGAAGACGAAAGAUACGGAAUUGAAAGCUCCCACUGUCAUGUCCAUGGCGUAUUGGGUUUCUACUUUCAAGUCUCACUGAAAUCUUUCCCCAUACUUAGUUUCUUCUGCGCUCUGUUUCAUCGUUUCUGAAACCCUAAAUUCUUCAUGCAUCAAUCUCCACUGCUGUGCACUCCACUUCAAGAUUGCCUUUGAAGUUGAGUCAAUUUUGUCGCAGUUGUUAUGGGGGCGCCAGAUAGAUCUCCGGCGACCUCCAAUUCUAUGCAGCGUGUCAAAGUUUAUCGUUUAAAUGAUGAUGGAAAAUGGGAUGAUCAAGGAACAGGGCACGUUACUGUUGACUAUUUGGAGAGAUCGGAGGAGUUGGGACUAUGUGUUGUUGAUGAAGAGGACAAUGAGACUCUUUUUCUUCACCGUAUUAGCUCAGACGACAUUUACAGAAAGCAAGAAGAUACUAUAAUCUCUUGGAGAGAUCCAGAAUAUUCUACAGAGCUAGCUCUAAGCUUCCAAGAGACAACUGGAUGUUCAUACAUAUGGGAUCACAUCUGCAAUGUGCAAAGGAAUCUCCAUUUUAAUUCUCUCAACAAUGAUACGUUCCACCGCAUGAACAGUGAGUUGAGGGAAUUGCCUGCAAUUGAGCUAUCAACACUGCCACUAAUACUUAAGAUUGUCGUUGAAAGUGGCAUUGCAGAUCAGAUGCGGUUAGUGGAACUCAUAGUUGCCAAUCAAGAUUUUUUUAAAAAGCUGAUGGACAUAUUUCUUAUCUGCGAAGACAUGGAAAAUCUUGAUGGUCUUCACAUGAUAUAUAAAAUAGUUAGAGGAAUCAUCCUGCUGAAUAGCUCACAGAUCUUCGAGAAAAUUUUUGGAGACGAAUUAAUCAUGGACAUUAUUGGUUCUCUAGAAUACGAUCCAGAGGUACCUCAUGUCCAGCAUCAUCGUAACUUUUUGAAAGAGAACGUUAUUUUCAAAGAGGCCAUACCCAUCAAGGAUCCAUCGGUCUUGUCAAAGAUACAUCAAACAUACAGAAUUGGCUAUCUAAAGGAUGUUGUUUUGGCUAGAGUAUUGGAUGAGUCCACAAUUGCAAAUCUAAAUUCCAUUAUCCACGCAAACAAUGCACUGGUUGUUUCGUUGUUGAAGGAUGACAAUACAUUUAUUCAGGAGUUGUUCAUUACGUUGAAAUUGCCAACGACCUCUGAAGAAUCUAAGAAGAAUUUGGUACGUUUUUUGCAUGAGUUUUGCAGUUUAAGUAAAAAUUUGCAUAUGGUUCAGCAGCUACGGCUAUUUAGGGAUCUUAUGAAUGAGGGAAUUUUUGAUGUCAUUGCCGAUGUAUUACAAAGUCCAGAUAAAAAGUUUGUGUUAACUGGGACAGAUAUCCUUAUUCUUUUCUUGAACCAAGAUCCAAAUCUUCUACGUUCUCAUGUUGUCAGGAAGGAAGGGAUUCCACUCCUAGGACUGUUGGUUCAAGGCCUGAUUACAGAUUUUGGUGAGGAGAUGCACUGUCAGUUCUUUGAAAUCCUUCGAUGUUUACUGGAUUCCUUCACACUAUCAGGAGCAACCCAGAGAGAAACUGUUGUCGAGAUAUUCUAUGAAAAUCAUUUGGGUCAAUUAAUUGAUGUUAUAGCAGUUUCAUGCCCUUCAGAAGGUCUUUAUCGAUUAAGCAACAAAGUUGGACACUCUGGUGUAUUAAAGAAUCAGAGCACAGUAAAGCCUGAAAUUUUAUCCAACAUCUGUGAAUUGCUUUGCUUUUGUGUUCUGCACCAUCCAUAUAAAAUAAAGUCCAACUUUCUCGUCAAUAAUGUCAUAGAUAAAGUGUUGUUACUGACUCAAAGAAGAGAAAAAUAUCUGGUUGUUGCAGCUGUUCGGUUUAUUCGUACUAUUUUAUCUCGACAUGAUGAUGAUCUAAUAAGUUAUUUUAUCAGAAAUAAUCUUCUAAAACCAAUUAUAGAUGCCUUUGUUGCUAAUGGGAAUCGUUACAAUCUGCUCAACUCAGCUGUCUUAGAUUUAUUUGAAUACAUCUUCAAGGAAAAUCUGAAAUCUUUGGUUAAGUAUAUAGUCAAUUCAUUUUGGAAUCAGUUGGUUCAGUUCGAGUAUUUGACUUCUAUUCAGUCUCUAAAAGUUAAAUAUGAACAGUGUCUAGAUGCUUUUGGUACAAGAGGCGCAACUCCGAUUGUGUUAGACCCUAGAACAAGAAUCGAGGAGUGUGCUUUGGAGAAAGAAGAAGAAGACUAUUUUAAUGAAGAGAGUGAUGAAGAGGAUACUGCAACUGCAUCUGUUUCAAAUUUACAGAAAGCACAAUCUCCACCUAUUCUAUGUAAUGGAGUUGCUGCGAAUUAUCCUCCGCCAAGUUCUCGACCUGGUGGUGGACUUGUUGACUAUGAUGAUGAUGAGGACGAUGAAGACUACAAGCCACCGCCAAAAAAACAAUCAGAAACCGUGGAGGAAGAUGAAGGAGCCUUGCAUACAGUCCGUUUGAAGCGUAAACCUCUUCACCAGGAUAAGGAUUCCGAGAAGGUGAAAACGCAGCGACCGGGAAAAAAUCUAAAAAUGAAAGAUGGUGUAUUUUCCGCCUUGUGUUCGAAAUUGAGCCAAGCUGUUCUGCCUACUAAUAAUGCAGUGAGUUCCCAGCAUUCUAAGCCACGUUCGAUAGAUGGGAACGAAAGUUCCAAACACGAGAGUCUGGAAGUGAAGGAUCAGAAUGCUUUGAGAAACUCAACUGAUGGUAAAAGUAGUUUGGACGAGGAGAACCAUACAGAAAAGCAACCAAUCUCUUCUAAAAAGUGUUCUGAUCCAUUGCUUAAACCUUCAGAUAGUAGUAGACAGUUGAAUGGAGAAGACUGUUCAUUGAUUCCUCCAAACUCCUCUCCUGAAAUGACUGUCAAUGGAUCGUAGGUUUACUCUUCCUGGCAGGAUGAUUGCACUUUUCUUCCAUUUUCGUUUGCCUUGUGAAUAUGCUUUGUGCGAAGAGGGAUCAGGGCUAGUCUUGGAUCGACAGACAGGGAGCUAGUCUUGGACCGGAUCGACUUUGUGGCUUUCCAUCAACCUCAACAGGGAGCAAGGGAGCUAGUUGUUGUCUGUAUAAUAGUGUACUGACAGAGUGGUAGAUUCCAAGCUUCUUGUACUGUAUUCGAGUAGCACUCGAACGCCCUUGCACCUGGCUGUUGUUUAUCGCGAGUUUAGAAACCGUUGCUUUAAGUUGAAUAGUUCUUGGCAUCAAUUUUGUUAUCUGAUUUCAACCCCUCCCCCACCCCAAACCUAAAACAGAUGGGGGGUGUAUACAAAUAUUUAUAUCAAUGUCUCAGAUGUGUAAAAACUAAUGUCAUUAAGUAGAUUGGGACAGGCAAGUCCCUACGGACGCGGAUUUGGAUUGGGUUGGGUUAGAUUUUAUCGUUACGCUCUAUUGAGCUUACUCACCUGAAA